AUGGUAUCCCAAAAGCACCCAAUACGACCUAAGUUAGGGAUUAAUCGGUCACCGAGGACGGCUGAAUCUAGGGCUAGGAGUGCCUCCUGCCCCUUUUUGUACCCAUCUCUGCCUUGUGCUCCAAGUCCGACUGUCUCUGUGUCUGUGCAGGACACUAUGGCCAGAACAAAGAGGAAGACCAGAUAUACAAAUUCAAACGGCUUCUCAUAUUAUGUUCAGAUGAGCGAGCUCUCGGACCGGUCUCCUGGUGACCCGAGCACUCCAAGUGAUUCAAUAUUACAGGAAUUUGAGGUUCAGGAGACCAGUCCUAUGGUUGUGGAUAUGUCCGAAAAAGAGCCGGCCCUUAUCGAGAAAGAGGAGUCGACCUCUUCUGAGAGCUUGAGCGACACUGAGUCCAGCUCAUCCAGCCGACAUUCCCCAGAUUUAGAAGAGAGACAUUCUCGUCUUCAUGAGGCGAGUGAAGCCAUGGACAAAAUCUCUGCUUCUAAGAUGGCGGCCGCCCUCCUUCGCGUGGCUAUUAUUAGCCAAAAGCGGCCCUUUACUGACUCUCCCUCAAAGGAGAAGUCCAAGGCCUUUCUUCGUGUACAUGGUUUCCGCCGACCCAUCAGCGAAAAGAACAAGGAGGCGACUGCCACCUUGCAGGUCAAAACCGAGUUAAAGGCGGCCAAGAAGAAAAACUUGGAGCUGGAGAAGGCGGUCAAAGACCUUCAAAACCAGCUGCAGCCGGUGAAACAUAUACACCAUGCGGCCGAAGAGCUGCACAGAUUGAACAAGAAACUCAAAGAGCGCCUGGUAAGACAGGAGGCGGCCCUGACCCAGCAACUCAGCGCUAAGGCUGAGUCCGAGAAGAUGGCUCUGUCCCAAGAUAUGAUGGAGGACUCUACCGCCAUUAUGAAGAUGACCUGGACUGCCCUCUUCCCAGACUCAGGCUAUGAGCAAUGGGAGUCCAAAUUCGCCGCUUGCACUGAAGAAUAUAACAUCAAGAUUAUGCAGCAGGCAAACGAUCAGGAUGAAGAGAAGGAUGAGGCGGCCGACUCCUCUUCUGAUGGUGAGGACGAGGAUGAAGAGGAGGAGGAGGCGGACAUCGACAAGGGGGAGACAAAGAAAGAGGAGGCGGACGCCAAUCAAGAACAGGCGCCUGCUAAUGAGCCACAAGAGAGUGUGCUAGAGGAGCAGGCGCCCAUUGCCGAAGCUGAUCAGGUGGUCACCGUUACUGAAACCCCUCUCUUCAAUGCUUAA